AUGGAUAAAUGUGGUGAAAAAUGUAUUACUUGGCUUAAAAUAAAAUAUUUAACCUGCUCAUCAGUCUUUGCUCAAAAGCUGUUGGAAUUUAAUAAUUUUACAAAGGAAACUCUUAGUAAUAAAAACAAUAAAAUAAAUUUUCAGAAUUUCCACCUGCAUACAUAGGGCAGGUUACAGUAUUUAUUCUGUUUGGUUCCUGGUAAAUUCAUAUAUUCUAUUUUCUCAGGCAGCCUUUCUUUUUAUUUGAAAACCAGUUAGCAAACCAAAAAAUCUAUGAGUUUAAUGUAGUCUCCUUCAUUAAUCAUAGAUUCUCAGGCUUUAUGCCUCUAUAGAUGCAUCAAUUUUGAUGAGGUUAUUCUGAACUAAGGAUCAUUUGAGCACCUAUCGUUCACCCUUAGUUAAAAGAAAAACAACUGAGUAACUCUUUCAUCUGGACCUUGAGGUAUCUAUCUUUGACAAAUUCUGUUACAAAGUAUCUCUCAUCAUCAUCUAAAUAAUAUUCCACGCCAAGUAAGAUUCUAGUCCAGAUUCCAUAUCCAAAAUUUGUCCUAAAUCUCUUUUUAUUAGUUUAAUCCUAAGAUGUUCCUUUUUAAUAAAUACGCAAGAUAUCUGAAAGCAGAGGAAUCUCAACCAUAGGUUCGGUAAAUUUGGAACUGAAACAAUGCAUUUCUGAGCGUCUGACCUUC